CGCGGCAGCGCCGUAAAGCGCCGGGCCAUGGCGGCCGCCCGGGUGCUGCGGGCCGGUGGCUGUUACCGCCGCCACCCCCUCGCCUCCGCUUCCUCCUCCGCCUCCUCCGGCAGCGGCCGCGCGGCUGAGCGCGGGGAGCGGCCGGACAGCGUGGUAAACCCGGCGGGGGGCGGCGGCUCCUGCGGGGGCCGUGGGGGAAGCCUCGGGGGCCGCCGCCCCCACGGAGCCCUGAGUGGGGAGCGCUCUGGCUGGCUCCCGGGCCUGGGUUUCCGUCCCCCCGCGCACUCUCACAGUGACUGGAUCGGGCCCCCGGACAAGCUCUCCAACCUGCGCCCCGUCAUCUUCUACGUGCCCCCCGAGGAGUCGGCGCUGGAGCGGCGGCUGCGGGAGGCGCGCCAGGAGGCGCAGGCCAGCAACCAGCGCUUCUGGGCACGGCACAACCGCGCCUUCCGCCAGGAAAAAGAAGAAUUUAUUUAUUCAAGACUGAAAGCCAAGGGUCUGGAAAUGAGAGAUGAAUCAGGUCGAAAAGCAACGCUGAAUGCAGAGGAAAUGGCUGACUUUUACAAGGACUUUCUAAGUAAAAAUUUUAAAAAGCAUUUGCAGUACAACAGAGAUUGGUAUAAACAAAACUUUAGGAUCACAUUCCUCAUGGGACAAGUUGCACUGGUGAGAGCUCUGAGGUGGCUUUCUCGUCGGAGAAAGAAAAAUGUAGAACAGUGAUCACAGCUCCAUGAAGAAUGCAACACUAUAUGCUAUAAAUUUGUGGUUUAUAGUAAUGUUGAAAAUUUGAAUGAUUGAUGCAAUAGUUACUUGAAUUUGUUUGUUAAAUUAUGUAAAUAAAAGUCAACACUGGUCUUAAUUUAUAA